GUAUAUAUAGUAGAUCCUAUGAUAUAAUAACAAUUAUCUUUAUAUUUUACAGCCUGGAUACUAUGGAUUUAAAGGCAAGAAAAUUAUCGCAAAAACACUCCAAGACAUGCUGGUACACGAGAUCGGUGCUGCGAAUGAGCACAUCAAACCGAUAGAUACCACGGAAUAUAUAGACUCUUUUUUUGUUCCAGAGGUCGGUAUGCGUCUAGUUAGGGAAGAUCUUGAGUCGGCCGGUGAGUCAGAAGAAGAUUGUGAUUGCACCAUUAGCCUAGCAGAAGAACACAGUCCCCUUAGCAAUAUGGCGCUUAUCCACAUAGAGCGUAGCGUUGACUACGGCUGUUUUAAAUAUUUUAUCUUCUCCAACAUAUCCCUAUACACUUUCAUUUAAUCUUCUCUUUUUUUCUCUUUCUAUAUAUUCUUUGAACGUCACUACAAGGCAACAUAAUAAAAGUUGGUCUACACAAAGAAUUACACUUCCACUUUUUUGUGGUCUACGCAAGGAAUUACAGAU